AUUGAUCCAAGUGGUGAAAUUAUGGUUUUGACAAGGUUUUGCCCUUGGAAGCUUCAUCUAUUUGAGCUUGAGGAGGAGAUGAAAAUCGAACCUUCUAUUAAAUAUGUUCUUUAUGAGGAUGAGAGGAGCAGACAAUGGCGAGUGCAGGCCGUGGCAAUAGCUCCUGAUAGAUUUGAGAGCAGGAAGCCUCUGCCUGCUCAGUGGCGAGGCCUGAGAGAUGAUGAACUCUCAAAGGAAACAGGAAUACCUGGCUGUGUCUUUGUCCAUAUGAGCGGGUUUAUCGGUGGAAAUCAAACUUAUGAGGGUGCUCUAGCCUUGGCAAGAAACGCUUUGAAACUCUAGGGUCUGGUGACUCUAGUCUAUUGAAUUCAUGGUUUAUCUCAGCUUCUGGAUUACCAACACAAAUUUGAGAACUUUAGCCUGCGGCUUUGAAUUCAUGUUUAUUCUGUGUGAGAAUUCUGUCAUGAGUUACCAACACCAAUUGGACAACCUUUACCUCUCUGUGCUUAAAAUGUAGUAAGUCGUUUUCAUUCCAAACUUCUAAAAUUAUUUGUUACGUCUUAAAAUCAUAGAAGUGAUUUGUGAUUGAAGUUAAUUAAUACCUGUUCAUUUU